AUACGUGUUUAAAAGUUUCCUACAUUUAAGUCAAAAGAGGCUGGCUGGCUGGCUGAUGCUACUGCUGUUGUGGAUUUAAUUGCGCGUCUAUGUUCCCUUGUGCUGUGAGGGAACGUGUGUGUGUGUGUGUGUGUGUGUGUGUGUGUGUGUGUGAAGGAAGAAAGGGGUGGUGUUUAGGGGUCUGGGAUGAGAAAACGAGUGAUUUUGUUUUGUAGCCUUCAGAAAGAAAAAUAUUAAAGUUUUUACAGUGGGAAAAUUUUGGUGGUGAGGGAGAAUAUGACUAAAAUAUUACCUCAAAUUUAACCUAACGUGGUGGAGCUUCACACUCCUCAGCUGCCCCUAAGCAAACCAAGCCUAACACAAAGAAGCCUACCCUAACUUGUGUCUGGUGCUUCCUCCUCCCCAAGACUGGCUGUCUCGUGUCUUAAUCCCAAGUUAGCCUAACCAAACUUUACCUAACGUAACCUAAGCAAUUAUAACCUAGCCAAACCUUACCUAAGCAAGCCUAACCUAGCCAAGCCUAACCUCACCUCACCUAACCUAAAGAAGCCUAGCCAAACCUAACCUAACCUAGCUUAACCUAACCUAACCUCACCUAACUUAACAAAGCAUAACCAAACCUAACCUAACCUACAUCCUCUUCCUACAGCCCCACUCAACCAAACCUAACCUAACGUAACUUUCAGAGCAAUGGCAACCCUCCGAUCCGGCAAGCAAGUUGGCGGCAGCGAUGGCGGUGGCGGUGGCAGUGGUGGUGAGGUGGACGGCAGGGACAGAGGGGCAGUACAGGCUGCGGACAUCAAGGAGAAGAAAUUGAAUUGGGAUGCCUUGCUCAAAAGAAAGUACCUGCUCCCUUUGCACCAAGAAUCAGUACUGAGUUAGAUGUUAGUAAUUUUUCUGAAGAGUUCACUGCAAUGAUACCACAGGAUUCUCCAGCAAUCGUUCCUCCAGAUGUUGAGAAAAUGUUCAAUGGCUACUCCUACGUUGCUCCAUCAAUUCUCUUCACUGACAAUGUCAUCAGCGACAGCAGCAGCCUUUUCAAGAUGUCACCAGACAGAAGACCUUCCACAACCAACCUAUUAUUGGCUUGUAGCUUUAAGGACUCACCAUUUUUCCAAAAAUACGAACUGAAUCUCCGAGAUAAUAUACUCGGAGACGGCAGCUUCAGUGUCUGUCGGGAAUGUGUACAAAAGUCCAGCGGGCAACAACACUUUCCUGUGGAGAUAGUGUCAAGAAGACUAGACUGCCAACAAGAAAUCAAUUUACUCUGGGCUUGCCAAGGACAUUCCAACAUUGUCAACAACCUCCAUGAAGUUUUCCGUGAUGAGGCACACACCUACAUUGUGAUGCAGCUCCUUGGAGGUGGAGAGCUGGCUGCCUCAGAGGAUCAGGAAACACGAGAGGUUCACAGAGGCUCGCCUCGGGCUUCGGUCGUCGUGAGGAACCUGGUGUCAGCAGUUCACUACGUGCACAGGAAAAGCAUCAGUGUUCACGGAGACCUAAAGCCAGACAGGGGUGAAAAGGGUUGGUGUUGAGGAUAGACAGAAAAGAAAAGAAAAGAAAGGAAAGGUAAAAAAAGGAAGUUUUUUUGCAUUGAUUUUCCAUCUGCUUAUUUUAAAGAAUUUAUUGCACGGAAUAUUAUUGAUCUCCAUCAUUUGUAUGGCCUUUAUAAUAAAAAGUAUGAAUUUA